UGUGACCAUGUACUGAAUUUUUAGAUUUAGAUUCAUUUCGUUGUUAUUUUAGCGAAUUCUGUUAAAUAUCUCUACAUUUUCCACACAUUAAGUAACAAAACAUAUUUCUUAUCUAAAUACUUACUCGCAUUAACAAUGGCAGACCGCCUUACCCAAUUACAAGACACAAUAAAUCAGCAAGCGGAGCACUUUUGCAAUAGCAUCGGCAUACUUCAGCAGUUCUCUACACCGAGCAAGUUCCCUGGUUUCGACCGUAGUGGCUCUCAAACUCCGCAACAACAGCAAAGCCAGGAAGAUUAUGCUCUCUUGUUCGCUACUUUGAUCUCGCGCUGUGCUAAGGAUAUUGACACGCUGAUUGAGUCGCUGCCGAGCGAGGAGAGCUCUACAGAGUUGCAAGUGCAGAGUUUGAGGCGUUUGGAGGCUGAGAAUAAGGAAGCUGCGGAGAGGCUUGAAGAGGCUGUCCGCCAAGGUGAGAUUCUGCUAGAGAAGAUCCAAGGGGCCCUCAGUGAUAUUGCGCAGUGCCAGCUAGACAUGCAGAACCCAGCGCAGAUCCUGAAUAAGGAUGUGAGACCGUUAUAGGACUUAAAGAAGCAAGGCGGAAACCACCGUCGGUGAUAAACUGUUUAAACUGCGCUGUGUGUUACGUAAGAUGUGUUGGUUUUAGGGAAAGGAGACUUGCAGGGGCCUACUUACAUAAUAAAUUACAUUGUCUCUGAUAGUGAACCAUUAUACCUGAUACAGCAAAUGAUGAUCCCUGACAUUUGAAUUUUGUAUGGAGUAACUGUUAAUGUCAAAUGUUUCUGGACAUUUUUGGUAGUUUAAUUUCAAUUACGUUUUCAAUAUUUAUUUCAGACUGGAAAGGCCAUAAAAUUGUUAUUAUUACAAGUACUUACAUUUAGGAGUUAGUGCCUACAUGCUAAACAUACAUUAAAAUAAUGUAUAAAUAAAUAAUAACUAGAGAACAAAACUACUUAACAUGUUAUAAAAAUAAAAAUAUUAAUAUUAUUUGGUUUUAAAUCAUAUUUAACUUAAAUAAAAAAAAAAAACUGAUUAUUUUAUUUAGAAAUGUACCAGUUCAUUAAUAAAUAUAUGCUAAAAACUUAUUUCUUAAUUGUUUUUGUUAAUUACAUCUAUCUAAAAGUGAUUUGGAGAAACUCUCGGAUCAUCAUUCGCCAUGUUAGGUAGACUAGGAAUCCUCUAGACCGAGUUUAGAGCAAUUAUUUCAUGCAACCGAUGAUGCCAAAAAUGCGGGGGUGCGCGGGACGAGUUGAUCGAAGUCCCGUGCCGUGAUUGGUCCGUUCAAAGACAUCGACGUCACACAAAGACACUUUCGACUCGAAUAUGGAGUAAAAUUACCGUAUGCGUGGCAGAGGGGGUAGCGCCUAGUGAGUAUUAUAUUCUUUGGGGUAGCGCGCCUAUGCUCAGUCUGGAGGAUGUUUUGUCUGUGGGUGUAGACAUUAGACAAAGGUUUCAUUUCAUUCAUAGAAUGUAAGUAAAUAAUUAAAUAUUAUAUAUUAUUGUACCAAUAACAAUACAUUUUACAUGUAAAAAUACAAAGCUAUUAAAAAUAAAAAUUAACUAGGUAAUAACAGGUGGUCUUAUCACUAAAAAGCGAUAAAUUUCAGAAAACCUUUGGGUAGUGGAAUGUUGUAUGUUGAAGCAUUCCAUGAAAUUGUCUACCGUUGUCCCGUACAAACGCGAAGUUUCUGAAGAUUGAAAGCUAUAAGAGUUUCCUUUUCUAUGACAAAUGGUCAAAAAUAUGCACAGAAAAAUAAUCGCCUGCUUUAAAUGCCGAGAAAAAAGUCGCAACACACGAAAUAAAAUGCGUUUGUACGGGACAGCCCGUGGAAUGCUCCUGUUAAGGAAAGGUCAUUUCAUAAAGGACUAUUUUUUUUUUUAUAAAGGAGACACUAAAUUACUUUUGUACAAAUUGUACAUUGAAAAAAUAUGUUUUAUUACCAUCUUCAUCACUUGGAUGGUUGGCAGUCCUCAACUGUGCGUUUCUCCAGAAACUUCUGCCUCGCACAGCCAAACUGUGGAAUGAACGGUCGCCAGCGGUAUUUCCGGACCGAUACGACCUUUAAACCUUCAAGAAAAGAGCGUACUCCCAUCUUAAAGGCCGGCAACGCGCUUGCAACCCUUCUGGUGUUGCGGGUGUCCAUGGGCGGCGGUAAUCGCUUACCAUCAGGUGACCAGUCUGCUCGUUUGCCUCCUAUUUCAGAAAAAAAGUAGUUUGUAAAAUGAAUGAAACAUUCUAUGAAAUUAAAUUAUAAUAUUUAUAAUCAUUCAGAGUUCACGUUAGACGAUAGAGGUACAGGAUAGUUUGCGUGUAGAGUCAAGGCGGAUACAGUGACCCAACUUGAACAGUAGCUCAGUCACCCAAAUAUCGCUUCUCGUGUUAAAAUUAGGUUGUGUGAGCCACUUGACCCGGUUUUUUCUUUCGAGCCACUGUAGCCUACUUGACCCUAUAGUUCGUUUUUUUAGCAUUAGAAAGAACUUUAAAGAAGGUAAGCGAUCUUGCCAUGUCUUUUAAUUGAAAAAUGCUUUUUAAAAAUCAGUAACUAUUAAUUAUGAAAGCAGAAGAAUAUAAAUGAUCGUAUUAGAUUCAUAAUUGUUACAUAUUUGCUGUAACUUAUUUAUAAAAUGUGUUUUUCAAUUAAAAGACACAUCAAGAUUACCUUAUUUCUAAUGCUAAAAAAAACGAACUAUAAGCAUAUGGUUUCCAUAAUAACAAUGUGAAAUAAGUUAUGAUUAAUUAAUUAUUUUUUUGUUUAACAUUGCAGACUGUUUUCCAUUUAUAGCGUCUAUAGUCGUCCAUAAAUUAGGGGGCCUAGCCAAGAACGCAAAACGAAAAAAAAAUGUGUCAGGAUAAUGUCUCGCUUUUGAUUAUCUAUAACAACAAGACGAUCGCAUCUGUAUAGAAUAUGAUUAUGGAUGAUUGAAUAUAUUAUUAUCAAAUA